UAUAUUUGUAUUUAAACCGGCAAACUUACGAAAAAUUUUUCAUUAUUAAAUUGCACCAGUUAAUUGUAAGUAAUGGAGAAGCACAACAAAAAGAGCACCGUUAGAAAAUCUCGUUCAAAAAAGGCUAAUUUAAAGUUUCCCGUUGCUCGCAUACAUCGUUAUUUACGUAAAGGCCGUUAUGCAGAACGUAUUGGUGAAACAGCUCCAGUAUUUUUAUGUGCCGUUUUGGAAUAUUUAACUUCGGAAGUAAUAGAACUGGCGGGCAAUAUUGCAAUCGAUGGAUAUAGAAAAAUAAUUGAACCGCGAGAUAUAAAAUUUGGCAUUGAAUUGGAUCCUGAGCUAAGAAAAUUCCUACCAAAUAUAACUAUACCGAAUAGUGAAAAACUUUUGUAUAUUGAACCUGCUUUACUUAAUAAUUGUAAGGGUUUUAAAACUAUAUAUAUACAUAAAAACAUUUCUUGGGAAGUCUCAAAUGAUGUUAAGGCUAAACAUUAGUGUUUAGUGACUAAAGAUCCACAUAGACUACGCAGGAGGAGCGGAAACAUACAUAUGUACAUACUUUUUCAUUUGUACACACUACACAAACAUUGUACAAGCACAAUCCUGGAUUUGUGUUUGUAACUUUUUUUUCAAAACUGUUCUAAAAAUACAACGCUGCAGAAGGAAAUUCAAACAAAUAUUUUUUUUAAAUAAAAAUUUUAUAAAUACCAAAAAUAUGAAUGAAAAGUAAAUUGUAAAUA